AUGUCGAACGCGGACUCGCUCAGUGGGAUGGUGGAGAGAUGUUACCAGCUGCUGGUCUGGUUAGGGGACGAAGCCCCCUCCCUCCUGCAGCUCUACAUGGAGCUCCAGGGUUUCCGCGAUGGACCUCCGGGGAUGCCAGGGCCCCACCUCCGUCUGCCCGCCCCUCCCGGCCCUGACGGCGACGACUGGGAGCCCGCCCGCCGACUGUGCCAACACCGCAGCGCCAGCCGCCAGCUGGCCUCCCUCCUGGGGGGUGUGCUGGGCGAGCAGCGGGUGCUGAACGAGACCCGGCACCAGCUUCACCAGCAGCUGCAGCUGGCCAUCACCGGCCUCCAAGGGCUGGACGCCAACCUGGGCCACGCCCUGGCGUCGCUGGGCACCGGCCAGGAGCAGGAGGAUGGGCAGGAGGCGGAGGAGAGCGACGGGCCGGCCCAGGGACCCUCUGACCAGGCCUCAGGCCUGGCCCACUGGGAGGCCAAGGUGAACGGUUACCACAUCGUGGCCCACUACACCCAGUGGGUGGGCAGAGCCGCCGAGGACCUGGUCAGGCUGAAGGAGCUCCUGAAGCCUGAGGCCUAG